AUGAUUCCCGCGGCGAUCACCAUUCCUGGCGGCUCGGGAGAGCCGUCUCCCUCGCCUCGGUCUCCCACGUCUCCCAAAUCUCCCAACCGCAAAUUCUCAUUCUACGCUUCCCGCCUGCACGACAGCGGCAGCCCGGUGCCUGCCGACCCAUAUGCAUCGCCUCUUCCUUCACCGUCCAUCGUGCAGCAGACGAUUUCACUGCCCCCAUCCCCGAGCGUCCGCAUUGUGCCCUUUGGCUUCGCGUACCGGAAUGUUGAAAGUGAAUCAUCCGAGUCACUGUCGUUGUCACAGCUGCCACCACUUCCCAUGUCACCUAUGCUGCCCUUGUCGCCGCGGUGGGAUUCGCUGUCGCAUAGCUCUAAAUUUGCCCUGCAGCCAACGCCCGAGAACCCCAACCCGGCCUCCCUGAUGGACGCCCCGCCCCAUCCUCCCUCUCCCUUCGCCUACGACGCCUACAGCAUCCCUUCCGACUCCCGAAACGCAUCCCCGACAUUCGCCCUCGCAACGCACUCGUCGCUGGGGGAUCUGCACGCCUCUGACAACGCUUCCGCCUCCUCUCCGAUCGAGAACUUCUCGCGGCCCAGGAAGUUGAGCAUCCGCCAGCCAAUCACGGACCCGGCCAAGCCACGACCCACUGGGAGCUUCAACCCAGCCGAUCAGUACCUGGAACUCGUCAGCUCCCCAACCCAAAACCCCCUUUGGCCGCCAACACGGCCCCGUGGUCCUUCUGUUUCAUCGUUCCAGUCCGCAUCGACUUAUCAUUCUGUCCUCUCUCCUCCCGCCUCGGAAUUCAACGAACCCCGACCACCACGUUCUCGUCCCACGACCAAUGGUACCGCGCCCUUACAACGACCGCCGCUGACCUACAACAACACAGGCGGAUCAGCGUCUCCGAGCGCUGUGGCCGCGCCGUGGAUGGGUGGAGAGGAGCUUCGUUCCAGUUUCCGAUCCCAGUUUACUGAGUCUACGGCCCCGGGCACCACCGCCACCGAGCGGAGCAGCGUCUUGACUAAGGACAGCUCCGUCACCUCGCUCUACCCCCCAGCCGAAGCCGACGUGGAAGACGACGGGCAGGGGGAGGCUGAUGUCGACGACGACGACGAAUUGAGCCUCGAUGAUCUUAUGGGCAUGUACGAGCAGGGAUUCGACGACGACGAAGAUUUGGACAAUCACUACAACGGUUACAACGUCGGUGCACGCCCCGACUCCUCGAACUCUGAUCGUUUCUCCAACAUGGGUGCCCGUCCUACGACCUCGGCGUCGGACAUGGAGCCACGCCACGGCUCCAUCCAAAUCCAGAUCGACGAAGACGAAGACGAUGAAGAUUUCCCUCAACGCGGCGACAAGGAAAAGACGUCGACCUUGGACCGGGAGAUUCGCAUGUCCAAGAUGAUCUUCACCAGCCCAGCCUACAUCGCUUCCGUACCACACAUCGCCGAGAACCUGGCCCGCAGGAGCAUGGACAAGCGCGACUCGGCCAAGUCGCUGGAUUCGGAACCCUCCGUCGUCUCUUCACGAACUCCAUUGAAUGAAACAGCUCCUCCAUUCUCUCCCUCCAUCAAUGAAAUCUUCUCUCCCAUUUCUCCACCCAUCUCGCCGCCCAACGACGACAUCAACCUCUCCCUCUCGCUUCCCUUCACGGCGAAAGCCGCUCCUUCCUCCCCCAUCUCGCCUCCUGUCUCACCACCGCCGCCGGUCCCUUCAAACAUGGCACCGCCCAUUGCCCCGGCACCGCCGGAAGACCCCAGCUGCCGAGACAGGUAUGGCUUCAAAAAGGAGAGCCAGUAUGUGAGCCGACAGCAAUACGACACCUGGAACUCCGGCUAUACCGAAUACCUGGCUCGACGACGGAAGAAGUGGGUCGGCUACCUCAAGGACAGCGCACUGAUGACAGACCAUCCCAACCGAUUUCCCGCACCUAACGCCAAAACGAAGCGAUUUGUGCGCAAAGGCAUCCCUCCGGACUGGCGAGGUGCCGCCUGGUUCUACUACGCGGGUGGCCCAGCCAUCUUGGCCCAGCAUUCGGGUCUCUACGACAAGCUGACGACCAAGAAGGCAAACGAGGUGGAUGCUGAAGCAAUUGAGCGUGAUCUCCACCGCACAUUCCCUGACAAUGUCAAAUUCAAGCCCCCGGGUGGAUUCCAGGCCGCAUCGCCCAGCGCUAGGGAGAGUCAAUCGACUAUGACGGACGAUUCGGUUCGUGGCCACAGCCCAGUACCGCCACCUGGGUCCGAGGACGAGCCGCCAAUCAUCACCUCGCUUCGACGGGUCUUGCAUGCGUUCUCCGUAUACAACCCCCGGAUCGGCUACUGCCAAAGCUUGAACUUCCUGGCUGGUCUCCUGCUUCUCUUUGUCGAGACGGAGGAGCAGUGCUUCUGGUUGCUCAACGUCAUCACCCGUAUUUACCUUCCAGGGACCCAUGAGACGAGCCUGGAGGGUUCGAAAGUGGACCUUGGAGUGUUGAUGACGGAGUUGCGGGAUACCAUGCCGGGUAUCUGGGACAAGGUCGGAGGAGAUCUCGAGGCUGAUCCAAACUCUCGCCCGCAAACGAGCAAGUCAAUCCGUUUGCCUCGGUCCCGGCGCAAGGAUCUCAACCGACUAUCGACCGACCGUCUGCCUCCCAUCACGCUCUGCAUGACCGCGUGGUUCAUGAGCUGCUUCAUCGGAACGCUGCCCAUUGAGUCGACGCUCCGCGUUUGGGAUGUAUUCUUUUACGAGGGAUCGAAGACGCUCUUCCGUAUCUCGCUCGCCAUCUUCAAGCUCGGAGAGAGUGAGAUCAAGUCAGUUAGCGACCCAAUGGAAAUGUUUGGUGUCGUCCAAGGGUUUCCCCGAAAGCUGAUUGACGCCAACGGGCUGAUGGACGCGUGCUUCAAACGACGAAAUGGCUUCGGACACCUAAGCCAAGACCAAAUCGACGUACGUCGCCAAGAGCGCCGGGCAAAGGCACAGUUCGACCGGGCUCAGCAAAACAAGGUCACCAAAACCUGGAACGUGACACAAUCAGAUCCAACGAAGGAGAAGGACAAGGGCCUGUUUGGGAAGAAGCGAACCCCAACUGGCAUUUAA